AUACCGGAAACAGGAAGUGCAGGUGUCACUCGUCUAGUGAGUGGCUUAGUGGAACUUGGCUUGUGACUGAGCGGAGGAGUGACGCCUGGAACUUUCUCACGGUAACGGGUCCUUGCGGUUGGUGAACCAUGAGCCUCCAGUGGACUGCGGUGGCCGCCUUCCUCUAUGCGGAGGUCUUCCUCGUCUUGCUGCUGUGUAUUCCUUUUAUUUCCCCCACAAGGUGGCAGAAAAUCUUCAAAUCUCGCUUGGUGCAGCUGGCAGUGGCUUAUGGGAACACUUUCUUUGUGGUCCUGAUAGUGAUCCUAUUGCUCCUGCUGUUAGAUGCAUUCCGUGAGAUCCAGAAGUAUGGAGUCGGGGAGCAGGUGGACCUCAAGAACAACCCAAUAGCUGUGGAACAUAUUCACAUGAAGCUGUUCAGAGCCCAGCGUAACCUGUACAUUGCCGGAUUCUCUCUCCUUCUGUCUUUUCUGCUGAGGCGUCUGGUUACACUGAUAUCCAAACAAGCUACGCUCCUCGCAUCCAACGAGGCUUUCAAGAAACAAGCAGAGAGCGCAAGUGAUGCUGCCAAGAAGUACAUGGAGGAGAAUGACAAGUUUAAGAAGCAACUGAAAGCCGCCGGGGUUGAGGUUGCAGAUGUACCUGAAAUAAAUGCUGAGAAGGAGAACAAGAAGCUCCUUACAGAAGUCAAGAAACUCAAAGAAGAACUAGAGUCCACCAAGAAAUCCCUGCAGAAAUCCGAGAACGAGGUGAUCGCCAUCAAAAAGCAGAGUGAGGGCUUGACAAAGGAGUACGACCGGCUGCUGAAUGAACACGCCAAGCUGCAGGCAGUGCAAGACGGAUCAAAAGAUAAAAAGGAGGAUUGAAGAUUGUGCCAGUUGACAGCAGCUCUCCCCAUUCAGGUGCCCUGCUAUGUCCACCAGUCCUGGCAGAGUGGAAACCACCUCCCAUCUCACUACUUGCUGACAUCUUGCCUGUGUUGAGCUUUAAAGGGUUCUCUGAAAUUCCUAAAGUAUAUGUUGCCACCCAUCGUGCAAAAUGUCUGUAAUUUAUCUUCUAGUUCAGCUAGAGCACUAGCUAUGGUGGCUCUGCUUACAUUCACGUCUAUAUAUACACUGCAGUGCUGUAUGGACAGCCAUAGAAACGUCCUAUAUGAAUGCAUGUGGAAGGUAAAUGACCGUUUCAGUUCCUGCAGAAGCCACAAUCCGUGAGAACCUCUUUAAAGUGAAUCUGUCAUCAGUUUUGACACCCCCCCCCUCUCCCCCCAAAGUGAUAACACCCCUAGAUUGGUGACAAGAAUACAAGUGGAUAUCAGAUCCCUUGCAUAACUGAAAACACAAAGUUUUAAUCACCAACCGAGAUACCAGGUGUCCUGACUCCCCCCCCUGUUCCUGAGUAACAGCGCCAUAACUUGAUUUCUGUUAGAGCUAUCACUCAAUAGCAGAGGGGAGGGGUUGGGAAGGUUAGCUGGGAUGCUCCCCUGCCCUCUGGACCGUCCCCCUGCCCUCUGGACCGUCCCCCUGCCUUCAGGACGCUUGGCAUCUCAAGGUCAUUUUUUCAGUUAUGCAAGAAGUAUGUUCAACAACGUAGGCAUCCUGUAUUCUUGUCAUCUAUCUAAGGGUGAAAACUAGUGGUACGUUCGCUAUAAGAGAAGACGCCAGGCAAAACUAACACUGUAUUAAGCCUAGUGCAGGGCCUGAGAAGGCGGAGCAUGACACAACGAUUCAAGAACACCAAAGAAAGCAUCACUGUGUCAUGCUCCGCCCCCUCACACCCCUCAGUUUUCAUGGAGUAGGCUUAUAAUUCUUAGUCUGUCUACUUUCUGAUCUAUUGUAGCUUCAGGGUUAGGUUACUUCCAGGGGACUCUGCCGUCGUUCGUCUGUUAGCCAGUCUGUCUAGGCCUGUGAUGCCUAACCUCUGGCACUGCAGCUGUGGUAAAACUACGACUCCCAAGAUGUACACUUGCUUGGCUGUUCUUAGAACUCCAUAGAAAUUAAUGGAGCAUGCUGGGAGUCGUAGUUUCACCACAGCUGGACUGCCGGAGGUUAGCCAUCACUGGUAGACUCUAGGCUAUAGCUGGCCUUGUGAUGGUCCUGUAUCAGUCACGUCCUUGGCAACCCAAAGCAACGGUUACUCGACAGUAUCUGCCACGUUGUCCUGUCCUAUGAGUGGGAAGGGUGAACCAAUGACGGACAUUUUUUUUCUUUUUUAUAAUUACCACGGCACAGCUUUAACACCACGUCCUCUGCUUCAUACGUUUACAUUGACACCAAUGGGUUUAUUACACGUCUGUCUCCUUUUGCUCUCUUCUUAUGGCUCCCGCUUUUCUUUUAUGAUUUGCAUUAUCAGAAUUCCUGUGUCCAAUUGUUAUUAUAUGUAAUAAAGUGAUAUAAUUUGA